UGUUUGCCAGUCUUCUUCCAGAGGUGUGACAGCAGCCCUUUACUCCUUAGAACCUGGCUGGAUGCUGAAAAAUGACAGAAGAUGCUGUAAUAUGAGCGUGCUGGAGCGAUGCAGGCAGGCUGGAUGUGCUUUGCAUGAAGGAGAGGAAGGAUGUGACUGAAGAGCCGCAGAUGAAUAUUAAUUGGCAUCGCAGGGCUCAGCAGUAAAUUGAGAAGUCGCACAGUGGUUCCCACCACAGGCCUCUGGGAUACUGCAGAACGUGGCCCUCAACGCUGGAUGACAUGUCUCACAGGACUCAAACUACAAGGAGCUGAGGAUUGAUCAAAAUAGCUCAGUUUAGAAGACUUCCCAUUACAUUCUAUGGAGGUCAAAGGUCGCGUAAUCACUGCCAUGGGCUUAGGAUCACCUGAUGUCCAAGGCUGCCAGGACAGCAAACUACAAGCAGAGCGGGUCUCAGAGCUGCAGGAGCGAAAACAGAAUCUGCAGAGUCUUCUGAACAGUCGACUGGGAGAGCUGCGACAAGUCUGUCUCCUGGAGGCGGAGCUCACAGGAAAACUUUCUCGGGAUUUUCCAUUAGAAGAAGGAGAACGACCUCCGUAUGUUCAACGCCGAACUGGAUUGGCUCCUUAUGUCACCUCAAAAGGAGAUGAUGACGCAGGUCAGCGGCGGCAGAUGAAGGCUCUCUUCAGUGGUGCCCUGCGCCGGAGCAUUGACUGUGAUAAAAAUGCACUGCACAGUAAGAGGACUGUUCAUCGGGGAUGCCACACAGAGGAAACUGUGAAGUCAGAGAGCAGUUCGAUGUCAGACUCCACGUCACAUGACAACGAGGACUCGUCUCCCAGUGUGGCACCUGAGCAUCGCUCCCUGUCUCACCCUCGUCUGGCCCCGGGCAGUCCUGACAGUCGGCUCUGCAGGAAACUAUCGCCUGUGGAGAUUUACUACGAGAUGAGGACUCGCCGCAACUCUGCCUCAAGCUCUGUGAGCCCAAGCCACUCACUCCCGAGAAGUGCAUCUAAUGUGGAGGGCAGAAGUGUUCCAGCCACACCACUGUUGUCCCGCACUGCACCUAUCAGCGUCCAUGUGAGGCCGGAGGUGUCUGGUGGCAUUGCACUAAAGCAGUGGUGCGGAAGUCCGGAUGUUCCACAGUUUGUCCCAUUGGCAUCUCUGGAGGGUUCUUCAUCAGAUCGUCGCAGCUGCCCGUACAGCUCUCGAGCACGUCGUAGCAACAGCUCAGAGGCGCUACUUGAUCGCUCAAGCCUUCCUGAACCCGCACCUCCCCGAAAUGGCAUGCCGAACCGAGCUGGACCAUACAAGAGCUCCGAGUCCCUCACUGAUGGCAAGCUCCGUCAGAUAUACCAAGGCAGCCCAGAGAGGCAUAUGAUGGGAUUUAAAGACCAGGGUCGCAUGCGCUCCUCUCUUGGAGGACAAAGCAGUGGCACGGGUUACAACGAGAUUUUAUUGGACUACAUUUGGGGUAAACAGCAAAAGAGGCCUGUCCAGAUUCCGCAGAGCCAGUCAGCAGGACGAGUCUGGCCGGACUUCUCCACUCCUCCUUCGGGUACUCCUCCACAUUAUAAUGGUUUUUCCCAUUCGCAGUUACAUCUGGCUGCCGCUCCCUCUUCCUACAGCCCAAUGCUGUUGCGGGGCCAAGAAGCUGAGCCUCGUCGGGUCAAAGUGACGAGAACAAAAUCCUGCGGACCCUUCAUCCCUUUACAGCAGCACCCACAGGACGCGGUGCUGUUCUCUGCGUAUGAUCCUUCGUCAGCAUCCACCACCUCCUCUAUUCCCAAUCUGCUCCCUCACCACACUGAGCUGUCCACCGCUGCAUCGUUCGGCCGUAGACCGGCUCAGUUCUCUCUGCCCACUCCCGAGGACUCGACCCGCAGUCUGCACAAGGCACUGGCUCUGGAGGGCCUGCGGGACUGGUAUCUGAGGAACGCCUUGGGCUAUUCAACUACAGCCAAAGGCCACGAUGGACUGUCCAUGCGCCACUCACACACUCACCACCUGGUGCACCAGCCUCAGUCCAUUGCAGCUGACCCACUGUACUCCGUGCACCGUCAAAUACCUCAGUCAGCUUCAUUUCACGGCCAUCCUUUGCAUGCCAGGUCUGUGGAGCUCUCUCUCUACCCAGAGCCCUUUCCUUCAGAAGGGACCACUCAGAAAGAGUCCGGCUCGGAGCCUCCUUCACCUGGAACACUGGUCUGACCAGCAGCCAAACACACACCAGGAUCUAAAAUGCAACAUGUUGCAAUAUCUGAUGCAAAAUUACAUCUAUAGGUAUGCAACAGUCCGAUACUGUGCUCAAACACUAGAAAAUAAAAAUAUAAUGCAUUCUUUGUAGCAUAAAUGCUGCCACACAAUAAAAAAGAAAGCAGAACAAAACAGCAUUUAAUUGAACAUUAAAAUAUACAGCUUUGGAAAUAAAAACUUAAAGGCCUUUGAAAAUUCACAGUUAUGUUUUUGAAUAAAUGAUUUUGGUUUUAUUCUGUAAACUUUAAAUUUGAAAUAAAAAUAUUGUCAUUUAGAGCAUAUUUUUCGCAAAAAAUAGCAGCGGUUGCCCUUCCAGCUGCAACCCAUCACUGGGAAACAUAUGGCAUGUUUUCAGACAUGUUAAUAUAUAUUUUUUACAUAACAAAAUUCUAAUGGUUUAACUUCAAAAGAGCUAAUAAAUUAAAAUUUGAUAAACAACCAAGAUUUUCAAUUCAACAACUGAAAGCAUUUUCUAUUUUAAAAUGAAAGCAUUUUUAUUUUAUUUUUAUUCGUCAUUUAUCAUAUUCUGAAAAAAGUGACAAUGUUUUUAUUUCAAAUGUUAUCAGACCUUAAUAGAUUAAAACAAAUUUACAUUUGACUUAAACCCAUACCUUAUGAGUCCAGAGAAACUGAAAAUGUUCAAGUGGUGUCUUAAUUUUUUUCUCAUAGCUUUAUACAAUGAUAUAAAUUGUCAUUGUUUAAAAGUCAAUGUAUUACAAUAAACCUAACUCUGAAGUUGGUGCAUCCCUACAUUGAUCAGGAAGCAUCAUGAAACAACAGAAAUAAUGAGCAGUGUGUUGGCUGUCACAGAUUUAUCGCUGCGUUUGAUUGUAAACUGGUGUUUACAAAGAGAUUUUAUUUCCUCCAUACUCUGUGUGUAUUAAUGGGAUGUUAUUGUAAUGUAUCUACAUUUUCAAAACAGAAUAUAAACUGAAUCAUCUCCCUUCAUCCUGAGAUAUACAUAUAAAUAUAUUUUCAGAGAAAAAAAUCUAGAUUAUAAGAUGUAUGUAUUCUGAAUUACUAUUUUCUAACUAAUGUUUCAGGUUAACCCUCAUUUAAUUAUAUAAAGUCUACUCAGAGUUUAAUGAACUCAUGCAUUUUAAUGUACUAUAACAGCAGUGAAUGUGUUGCAUACCUGUUUGUUUAAAUCUAUAUAUCUAAAUAUCUAUAUGUAGCUAUGAAGAGUACGAUAAAAGCAUUUCCAUAUAGAGGGACCUUGAGGUGAGGAUGGAGGACUUUUGUCUGAUUUCUGAAACUUUAAUGCAGUGAUUUAACCCUCAGUCAAUGAAUUUACAAAAUCAAAAAGACUGAUGAUGUACAAUUAAUGUGACUGUGAACUGAGAAUGAAGAUGCAACCAUUAAACAAAGUAAAGAUGCAUGAGGUUUUAAAAUAAAUCAAUCCAUCUCUAUUAAAUCCUUCAUACAGAGUCAAAAUAUAUUUAUUAUUUAGCUGCUUUUGUUAUUUUUUUUUAUUAAAAAUUUAUUUAAAACAUUAAAUUGGCAUCAGACUCUGCGAAUAGCUUUGGAACAAAUAUUGGUAGCAAAUAUUUUAUAUUUUGACAUCUGUAUUAAUAAGCCCUUUAAUAAAUAUAAGAAAUUAGACCACUUUUAACUAAAAUUCUUGUAGUUUACAUGUUGAGAAGUGGCAUAAGCUGGUCUUAUGUCAGCACUAUUUGGGAACAAGAGACUUAAGUAAGUUGUUACUACAGUAAGUUCUUAAAGGGAUAGUUUAAAUUAAAGUUUCAUAUUUUGAAAUAUUUUACCCAAUCUUAUUUUAAUGAGCCAAUAGAGUAUUUCUGCAUCUUUUCACCAAAAAGUCAUUCGUUUUUUAAAUACUAAUAAACAAAAGAUAUGGAUUCUCUCUCAAAAACCAAUGGUGUGUAAGCGCAGUUUAGCUUUAGCUUAACAAUCUACCAAAAGCACAGUUCUUUGCUGCUUUGUUUACGGUUUGUGCAGUACUAAGAGCGCAAAAGGGCCGUUUUCAAAGUCUUUAUAAAAAAUAAUGUACAACACGCUACCAAGCUUUGGAAAUUGCAGCUGAUUGUAACAUUGAAACUAAUGGGUUUCAUAGCGCACCGCUUUUCGUGUCCUGUGUGAAAGCCGCUUUAUGUUGACUAAGUGAAGCGUGUUGAUGGCCGUGAUCUCGCUCUUACUACUGUAGACUCUACCAUUGGAAUUGACUAUAUAAGAAGUUCCAUCCUUAAUUACGUCAGGUAGAGCCAUGUUUGUAUAAACAUUAGCAGUACAAUUUUUGACAAAGAAAACACUUUGGUAUGCGCAAAUAGUGUUUUAGCAUUUGCUCUAUGAUUUGCAUGAGAAUCCAUCUCUUUCACACCGUAAAUAACACAGAAAUGACAGUUUAUUUAAUCACCCAAUACACGUGCCAUAAGUAUGUAGAUAACUUUUAUUGACUUCACUUUUAUUGAUUUUCAUCAAUAUCUGAUUUUUUUGGCUGAUUUUUAGCUGUUGACUUGCAUUUUAUGAUCCAUCAAGGAUCUUUAGAGAUCCUCCCACAAAAAUGAAGAUUUACUCACCAUUCCUUCACCUUGAAAAAGUUCCAAGGCUUUAUGAGUUUCUUUUUUUUUAGUUGAACACAGAAGAAGAUAUUUUAAAAAAAUGUUAAAAUGGGAGUAGCUAUGUUUUUUCCACCUUAAAUUUAUCGUGUAAUGGAGGCACACAUCUUGACCAGACUCAGGCAAGUCUCUGCCUUUACUUUCACUCCGCCCUGAAGCCCCGACUGGCUCACUUUGGCCCAAGGUAUGGACUGAAAAAGUCCAGCCGCUCGCCCUGAGGAAGCACUGAUUUGACCCAGUCAGGCCUUGAAGUGAUUGUGGAAACGCUACUGGCCCUGGCUCACACUGGCUCGCUCACUUUAGGUGCGACAAUGGAAACGCGGCUAAUGGCUACCAGUUUUACUGUAUUUAAAAAAAAAAACAAAAGAGUGUUCAACAAAGAGUGUUUCAUGUUCAACAAAAGAAAGAAAUUCAAACACUUGAAUAAAAAUAGGUACAUCUACAUUGGGCAGCCUGAAUUAACAGUACGUUUUCUUUGUUUCCCUCAUAACUAUCCCUUUAACAAUUUACCUUUUUUUUUUUUUUACUAUUUUCUUCCUAAAACAAACAAAAAAUGAGAUCUGUUAAAUUCCUUUUGAUUUCUGAUGUGUUGUACAGUUGAUUCUGAUGAUCAGUACAAUAUGAUGUACACUGUAUGAAAUACAAGACUGUAGGUUGAUUUUUGCCCCUGUAAAACCUAUGAACUGCAAAAUCUGCAGAACAUAGGACAUGGUAUGAUGGUUUACGUUGUGAACGAUGAUGGUUCAAUUAAUACUUGGUUCAUUCAACUUGAAGAAUUUGUGUGUAGUUCCUACUCUUCAUCUUUCGGGUUUGUGAGCUGGUAUCUGAAACUCAUGACCAAACAGCUGUGCAUUGCUAGUCUCUUUAAGUGUAUUUUGGUGACAUAAAUGUCUGUACUUGUAAUUAAUUAUAAAUAACGAGAAACACCUAUAUGUAGCAACUUGAAUAAAUAUAUAUUGUAUAUUUAUGAACUGAUCAGAUUUUGUAUACAUAUUUAUUUGCAUAGUACAUGCCUCUGGUUGUUUACACCAGCCAAUCUCGUUAUAAUUGACACCCUGUUCUGGCUUUAUAUUGUAUCAUCGCUGCUUUUAGAAUCAUUAAUACAUUGCUGAUUUUAUUUUAAAUAUACCUUUUUCAUUGUUUUAUUUUUUCAUUUUUCAUAUCAACCAUGGUCUGA